UGCGCGAGGAAACAGAAACAGCACUUCACCUGUUCGGUUAUCAUGGCUGCAAGCUUCAGGCGUUUUGUUUUCCACCUUUUUUGGCUAAUUGUUAGCUACUCGUUCAUAGCUUAAUUAAUGGCUGGUCUUUUCGGUUUUGUGUUUAAACUUGCGGUUUGACUUUUUUAUUUUUAUUUUAUUUAUUUUUUUCUGAUAAACGAUACACCAAGUCGUUUCCGUGCUGAGCAGAGUGGCUUUCUGAUCGAAUCUCUCAGCCUUCAGGCCCAGCACUUAGCCUUAUUUUGCUAAACUGUAUGUAUAAUGUUCCAUAUGAGCAAAAUGCCCCAGGAUUCUGACAGCUCAAUGAAUAUAAAUCUUCUCAAAGAAUCAGUGUUAAAAAGACUGAGUGAGGCUCUGGAUAAAGCCAACAGUAAAGGAUGGAGAAAACUGGGGGAGACUGUGAACAGUGACCGGCGCUUCAGAGUCAGUUUGGGGGACAUGGAGAUGUGCUCUCUGAAGGUGUUGGAGGUCGAAGGAAGCCCAUCUCGCAGUCUGCUGAGACUCAUGGGAGACCGAGGCUGCACAGUGGGAGACCUGGUGGAGUUUCUAAAAAUGAUGGGACAUACUGAAGCUCUUCAGUGUCUUAAAUCAGGGAUUCAAAUCCUCAUCCAGCCUCAGUCUGUAGCUGUGAUAGUUGGACACAGCGUCCGCCUCAGCUGCUAUGCUGCUGCCACCUCGGGCUCCACCUUGCAGUACCAGUGGUUCAAAGCAAAAGAAGAGGUUCCUGGUAGUUCCUUUUCAGACCUUGUGCUGAGUCCUGUCCAGCUGAGAGACGCUGGCUUCUACAUCUGCAGGGUGAACUGCGGGGACUCCUUUGAAUUUAGCCACUGGGUUCAGGUGGAUGUGCUGGAUGUCAUGCCAGCAUAUGGGUUGAUGUCUAUUCCUUCCGAAGGAAGACUGAGAGUGGUGUUACAGCCCAAGCCUCAGUCAUUGCUAGUGGGAGAUGCUCUACAUCUGGAGUGUGGAGCUGUGGGAAAGCCGCUGCCACACUACCAGUGGUACAGAAACGGGGCUCCUUUAAAGAAUGCCACGAAAAGGAAACUCGGUAUCCCGUAUUUGAUGCUGGAGCACCAGGGAAGAUAUCGCUGUGAAAUCUCCUGCAAUAACGAGCGGACCUGGAGCAACGAAGUAGACAUCCUCGUAGUAAAAGGGCCGAGGACAACCUUCCAGUUUUCAGGGGCAACAGAAUGUUCUGAAGAUGACUUCAUAGCCAUCGGACAGUAUGACAGUCUCGAGAAGCCUUACGCUACAGACAAAGUGGCCUUGCUGAUAGGGAACAUGUCUUAUCAGAACCACCCUAAGCUGAAGGCGCCCAUGGUGGAUGUGUAUGACCUCACCAACCUGCUUCGUCAGCUCAACUUUAAAGUGGUCUCACUGCUUGACCUGACGGAGUCAGAGAUGCGUAACGCUGUAGAGGAGUUUCUCUCCCUGCUGCACAAAGGCGUUUAUGGCUUGUUGUACUAUGCUGGACAUGGGUAUGAGAACUUUGGAAAUAGCUUCAUGGUGCCAGUUGAUGCCCCAAACCCGUACCGAUCAGCAAACUGCUUGUGUGUGCAAAGCAUUCUGAAACUGAUGCAGGAAAAAGAGACUGGUCUCAACGUCUUCCUUCUUGAUAUGUGCAGGAAAAGAAACGUUCAUGAUAAGGACAUGCCAAACGUUACGCUCAAGGUCACAGCCAACAUCGUGUUCGGUUAUGCCACCUGUCAAGAUGCAGAAGCUUUUGAGUUAAGCUCCAGUGGAUUCACCAAUGGCGUCUUCAUCAAGUUUCUAAAAGAGCGGCUCUUGGAAGAUGAAAAAAUUACUGUGCUCCUGGACAGCGUGGCAGAGGACAUGGGCCAGUUUGAUCCCACUAAAGGGAAACAGGCUCUUGAGAUCCGCAGCAGCCUUUCGGAGAGACGCUCCCUGACUGACCCCAUCCUUCCUGAAGAGUCUUCAGAUGUGGUUCAAGCUCACAGCCUCCUCUGGGCUAAAGCACACGAGCUACCAGAAAGCAUGACUCUGGACUUUGAAUGUGGCGUGCAGCUAAAAUUGGGCUUUGCGGCAGAAUUCUCCAAUGUACUCGUCAUCUACACCAACAUUGUUAAGAAGCCAGAGGAGAUGUCCUCUUGUCAAGCUCACCUCAUCAACCUUUCCGACCUUGACCCUAAGAUGAUGAAUAAAGAAACUCCAGAAGAAACAGGAAGUUACCUGCUCUCAGGAAGUCUUCCCCAGCACUGCCUUUAUACCAGACUCCGUUCGCUACAAAAGCUUAAGGAGAACCUGGUCUUCACUGUCUGUCUGCAGGCUGAAUUUAAAUCUCUAGAUGAGCAGGUACAAUGGACCAAAGAGGUGGACAUUGGUAAGCCCCUAAUAGCAAAGCUGGACCUGCACCGGCCCACCAGGAGGAACAGCUGUCAGCAGACAUGCCUCAUGCCCCAUAGCCCAUCCACCAGCCCGAGCCCAAGCCCAGGAGCCGAGCGACUACUGGUCCACAGGAUUCCCUGCCACCAUCCACAGCCCAGCAGCCCAUUCCUUCACGUCUGUGAGCCCUUGCACGGAGCUGCUGGGGCUUAUAGAGACUCUCUGCACAACGAUUAUGCUUAUCACGAUGAAAAUAAUUCAUAUUCAUCUUGUAUGCAUCUACCCAGUGUGCCCAUUGAAACCACUGAAGACAUUGAAGAUAUGCAGAAUAGAUUCAUGGACAGCUUACAUUUAUACAACCAGCCUUGAACUGGUGAGCCUGAGCUAAAAACUGAGAAAGUAUUUGCUUAUUUGUUAACCAUCUUUGAUUAUGAUAUUGUUCUAUAUAAAUUGUGAUUUUUAUUUUAUUUUUUUGUUACAUAGAAUGCAUUGUUAUAUGGUGUAUUUUGAAUAUUUGAAUUUGAUACUGAUUUACAAUUCUUAUUCAUGCACGUAUUGUAAUAGAUGCAUAAAUCAACCCAUUUGUACUAAAGUAUUGCUGAUAUUCCUGAGAUAAAAACUGAGAGAGAAAAUAUUUGCUUAUUUGUUAACUAUCUUUGAUAUUGUUCUAUAUAUAUAUAUUUUUUUGUUACAUAGAAUGCACUGUAAUAUGAUGUAUUUUGAAUAAUAUUUGAAUUUGAUACUGGUUUACAAUUCUUACUCAUAUAUGUAAUGGAUGCAUAAAUUAACCCAUUUGUACCAAAGUAUUGCUGAUGACAAUUUAACAAGUCUAAUAUGCAUUUCCCUAAAUGUUUGCUUUGUUUUUCAUAAAGAAAGUUGCAUUUUGCUACAUGACAUCAUUAGUUAGAAUAUCAUUGUUAAAGUUUCAUAUUCGAAAAUAAGUAAGCAGUCAUAUGUAAGGCUGUUAUUGUACUUUUAUAUAUAACUAAUGAAAUGCUAUGAACAUCAUGAAAAUAUCUAAGAUGUAAUGCUAUAGGUUGCAUAGACGAAACGUUAAGCGCAUAUAUCUCCUUUGUUGUGUAAUCAAGCUAGAUUAACUAGAUUCAACUACUCCCUGAAAAUGAGUGAAUAGGUGUUAUGAUGCUCAUAAGCUUAAAUUAGCUAAAUCCAUAGGAAUAUAUGCAAAAAUCCUUUCACAAAAGCAAAGAAGUAUGAUUAAAUAAAGAUGAAAUUUUCCAAAGGA